AUGGCGUCCAACAGCACCGAGGUCGUCGACGCCAACUCGACGCCGACCUUCUUCCACACCGACCCCGAGAAGGGCAGCACCGCGCACCUCUCGGGCGGCCGCCCCAUUGAGCGUGUCAUCACCCCCGGUGGACACCCGAUCGACUUCUCGCAGCCCGCUAUCCCCGUCCAGCACCGAAAGUUCGGUAACCCGCUCCCGGCUGCUCUCAUCUCGUUCUCCACUGGUUUCUUCUUCCUCGGUCUCCUCAACAUUGGCAUCCGGCGCGUCCUGAAUGUCCUCAGGACGGGGGGCUGGGGCACCGACCCGGAUGCACUCCGCGGUCUCGGCCUUGGUCGAUCUCGGCGAUUCCUCGGUGCAUCCUGGCGAGCUCACACUCGCGGCAUUGUUACUCCCCACGUCAUCUUCCCCGUCCUGAUCAUGUUCCUCGGUAUCACCCAGACCCUCACUGGCUGGUUCGAGAUGUUCAUCGGUAACACCUACUCGGCGACCAUCUUCGUGUGCUACGGCGGUUUCAUCUUCUCCUACUCGCUCAUCUACCUGCCGUCCAUGGGCAUCCUCGAGGCGUACACCGACAAGGAGACUGGCCUGCCCCGCCCCGAGUUCCACUCGGCCGUCGGCAUCUACCUCGGUAUCUGGGCCGGCAUCACGUUCCUGUUCAUCAUUGCCUCGCUCCGCUCCUCGGUCGCUAUUCUCUCGACUCUGGUCUUCACCUGCAUCUCCUUCGCGCUCCUUGCUGCGGCUGAGAUCGGCGGCUCCCCCAGCGUCAAGACCGCCUCGGGCGCUACUUGCAUGAUCGCCGGUCUCUGCGGAUACUGGUCUGCCAUGGCCGGUUACUGGACCCCGGACAUCACCUACGUCCAGAUCCCUCCCAUCGACCUUUCGCGCAGCGACUAA